AUGCUCGCGUUCCUCACUUCAGCUCUGCUGCUGCUCUCAGGAGUGCACGCCGACAAAGCAUCCAUCAAGUGGUCUAACGUCCAAAAGGGCAGCUAUGGACUGCUAGUCAUGCCGAAGCCGAACGGCUACUUUGACUUCCCAUCGAGCUUGUCGAACGGCAUGCGGCCGCACAUCGUCAGCAUCUACUGGCUCCCGGUGUGGGACUUCAAUACGGCAGGCGAGAUUACGAAGCUCAAGAGCGACCCGAAGUUUGGAGACUUCUGCCUCGACGUUGAGCCCGACGCGAAGAACGGCACCCCUCUCCAGAUCUGGGAGUGCUCUGCCAGUCGGCCCAGCCAGGACUGGAUCUGGAAGGAUGGCCACCUCAAGCACGUCUGCUCGGGCUUGUGCGUUGACGUAAAGGAUGGCCAGACGGGACAGACGGCCCAGCUCUGGGAGUGCUUUGACGGAAACAAGAACCAGCAGUUCGAGAUUCCCGCCGAUCCCUGGCUGCCUCAGGGUGACCCGCCGCGUCCUUCACCGACCCCGAUUUAG